GAGAAAGAAAGAAAAGGAUUCUUUAUCUCUAAUCGUUUAAUUUUCCAUUCCUCUCCUAGGAACACCAUCUUCUUUCUUUGUUCUUUACAACAGUGGAAAUACACAACGCUAUGGACUACGGUCUGGUGCUCCUGUUUUCUCUGUUUCAAGCUUUAAGCAUGGGCACAGCAGCUCCUUUGCCAGUGGAAGUAGUGACGAUGAAAUCAAAAGUGAAGUGGAUGGCUGAACAGCUGCUGGUUAGGCUGGACAAUGACACAGAGUUAAAGGUUCCGGCCAACCCACCUUUUGAUGAUUUGGAUGGAACUUCCUCCAUAGUGACGGUCUUGAAUGGUUACAACAGCCUGAUCUCGGACACCUUUAAUGGGGUCGCCCAGAUCAAGUACGACAUCUCUUCACUGACAGGCUACAUUGAUCUGUGGAGGCAGGAGCACUGCAGCCAACAGCGACCAAAGCCUGAAGUACCAGGGCCACUGCAAGAGCUACAGAGCCAGAAAGAAUACAUUCACACCGUGGGCAUUGAGGCGCCCAUGAGAGUGAAGGAGUUUCUAAAACGGCUGCUGAAGAACCUGGAUCAGCUGGAGACUUGCUGAAGGAUGUACAUCAGGACCAGUAUUUCCAAGCUAUCGCCCUGAUUGUUGGACAACAUUUGUAAAGUCUCCAUCAGCGAUGCCUGACUUAACAUUCUGAGUUGUCCACGUUGAAAACUUGAUAAUGUUUUGAACUGAAAUUAUUAUUGAACAGGCACUUAUUUAUAUA